UUUCAUCGCGCCGCCGCUCGCUCCCUCCAUUUUCUCUCCGGCUGCCGGUGAUACCGGCCCCGGCCCCGGCGCCGUCCCGCUCCCGCCGCGCACCCCCCCACCCCCCCCCCCCCCGCCCCAUGUGCCCCCCCCCGCACACGCCCAAGCCGCGGGGCCGCCUCCCGGCAUGAGGAGCUGCAAGAUGGUGCGGGUGGCCAGCGUGCUGGGGCUGGUGAUGCUGAGCAUCGCGCUGCUCAUCCUCUCCCUCAUCAGCUACGUCUCCCUCAAGAAGGACAACAUCUUCGGCGCGCCCCGCGCCGCCGGCCCGGGGGGGCCCCGCAUGUACAUGUUCCACGCGGGAUUCAGGUCCCAGUUCGCGCUGAAGUUCCUGGACCCCUCGUUCGUGCCCAUCACGAACUCCCUGAGCCACGAGCUGCAGGAGAAGCCCUCCAAGUGGGCCUUCAACCGGACGGCCUUCGCGCAGCAGAGGCAAGAAAUCCUUCAGCAUGUUGACGUAAUCAAAAACUUUUCUUUGACCAAGAACAGUGUUCGGAUCGGACAGCUGAUGCAUUACGAUUAUUCCAGCCACAAGUAUGUUUUCUCCAUCAGCAAUAACUUCAGAUCGCUGCUUCCCGACGUGUCGCCGAUCCUGAACAAGCAUUACAACAUCUGCGCCGUGGUUGGAAACAGCGGGAUCCUGACCGGGAGUCAGUGCGGGCAGGAAAUAGAUAAAUCCGAUUUUGUUUUUCGCUGCAAUUUUGCUCCAACCGAGGCUUUCCAAAAAGAUGUUGGAAGGAAAACCAAUCUUACGACCUUCAACCCCAGCAUCCUGGAGAAGUAUUACAACAACCUUUUGACCAUUCAGGAUCGCAACAACUUCUUCUUAAGUUUGAAAAAGCUUGACGGGGCCAUCCUUUGGAUCCCCGCGUUUUUCUUCCACACCUCAGCAACGGUCACGAGAACACUGGUUGACUUCUUCGUUGAGCACAGAGGGCAACUAAAGGUCCAGUUGGCUUGGCCAGGAAAUAUAAUGCAGCAUGUUAACAGAUAUUGGAAGAACAAACACUUGUCGCCCAAGCGGCUGAGCACAGGUAUCCUCAUGUACACCCUCGCGUCUGCCAUAUGUGAGGAGAUCCACCUGUACGGAUUCUGGCCCUUUGGGUUCGACCCCAACACCAGGGAGGACCUCCCGUACCACUACUACGACAAGAAGGGAACGAAGUUCACGACCAAGUGGCAGGAGUCCCACCAGCUGCCUGCGGAGUUCCAGCUGCUCUACAGGAUGCACGGUGAAGGACUGGCCAAACUCACCUUGUCGCAUUGUGCCUAAGAACCUAAAUCUUGAAGUGCCAAAAGAUUGUCUAAAAAGUGCCCAAAACCCAAUUAAACAUUCUUCAGAUAGAAUUCUAAAAAAAAAAAAAAAAAACCCAACAAAAAAAAAAACAAAACAAAACCAAACCCACCCUAAGAUAUUUUCCAUAAUAUAAAGAUGCUUUUUAGUCACGCUUGUCACUGCUCAUCAAAGGGUUUAAGCAUAUUUAGCAGUGCAGAAGCAUUUAUCAAGUUCUGUGGAUGCUGUUCAUGCAGCAGCAAAUUUGAAAUAUUUUGCUUUUAUAGAUAUGCCACUAAGCGUGUUUUAAGGUAUUUUCAUCUCUCAGCAUUCCACUAAAUGCCCUAAAUCUCUUCAUUUUAUUGUUCCUUCCUGAUUAGAACUAGAAAUGCUAAUUUUAAAAGGUUUUGCUUCUUUUGUAUAUGUUGCUGUCCAUAGCUCAGCAUACAUAGAUUGCCGUGGCCGCUCGAGGAAGCCGCUUGAAUUCCAGUUCAUCGCCACUUGCAAGUUCUUCAGCGUGGAUCCCGAUUCCCACCGCUUGCAUAUUUUCAUAUGUACUGAAUUUUACAUUUUUUAACGAAUAACGUGAAGGCGGAGGUCACGAUGUGGCUCGUACCUUAGCUAGGUGUUUCUAUCGCUCUCGGGAUACUUCAGCAUUUUAAUUCAGCGUGGGCCAAAUCCUAGUCUGAAUGAGGCUGAAGCAGCCAUUCCCAUCCGGGGGAUGCUCUUCGGUCUUUUGAUUUGGAAAGUUAAACCACCACGAUAAAGGGAGUUGGGUCCCUCUGGAGAUGGGUGAGCAGAGCCCCAAACCCCGGCGCGGGCGCGCGUCCCUCCACGCCUGCUCCCCGCCCCCUCCAGCGACAGGGGGGGCCUUCGGGGGGAUGAUCCCCCCCCUUCCACCCAUCCCUGGCACCCACGGACCCCCCCCCCGGCGCUCCCUGCGUGCGUGGGCCCACCGUGGGCUGCACCCCGCGGCGCUGCGGGGCGAGGAGCCGGCUCUGGAGGGAGUGCUCGUAGCCUUCGUUAGUCCAAUUAACGGCGGCUGGGCAGGCGCCGGGAUUCCAAAAAAGAUGUUUUUUAAAGGGAGGUGAGCCCCGCGGGAGUCCAGGGAGGAGGAAAUGCAGUUACCAGCUUUCCCCGUUCACACCUCGAAAUCCACGGCCAGACAGCUUAAAGCAGUGGCCACAUUUUCCAGUCACCGACAGCCACCCAGAUCGGGCUGUUUGUGGAGAGGACAAACCCGAGGGUCGCUUACUGUUUGCAGAUGUUGGCCAUCGUGUCUCAGGAUAAAGGAGUGUGUAAAAUAACUGGGUUUCUUAUUACAACCAGGAUGCUUACGAGUAUUUUAACGUUUUUCUACUGUUCUGUAUGACGCUGAGAACUGACUACACACCGGAAGAAGAUGCGAAAUCCAACUUAAAAUCGUACUUUAAAGUGGCACGGUUUCAUUUUUCUCAGCCUCUUUACCCACAAGCAGACAUAGGAGGUGAGGAAGAUCUCGAGCACAACACCAAACCUGAGCGGCCCGGAACACCUCCCGGCGCCCGCCGCCCCGGGCGGAGGAGCCAGCAGCUUUCUUCCCCGUUUUAAUAAUCCCACGUUUUCCGGAUUUUGCUUUUUCAAAGGCUGUUGAGGGCUGGGGAGGGGGGCUCGGGUCUCCCCGUGGCACACAACCGCGGCCGAGCCGGGCUCAGCGUUCCCGGGGACGCCGCGUCUGUCCCGCGCUCCUCACCGUCCCUCCAGCAGAGCCCGACCUCUCGCAGCUCUUAAUUCUGAAGACGUGGCCGUGCAGUGGUUGGUGGUGGUGUCUUACGCCGAUUCGGUGCCGUUUGAGUUCUUCUUGAUAUUAUGCCUUAUAUUUUUUUUUUUUUUUGUGUCGUAGUGGCGCGCGCCAGAGCCCCAGGCCCAGGAGCGGCGUUCGGCUGUGCUGGGCACACGAGGACGGGGUGUCCCCAUCCCUCCCAGCUGCCCGUGUCCCCCCGGGGGAAGGAUGGGGUGUCCCCAUCCCUCCCAGCUGCCCGUGUCCCCCCGGGGGAAGGACCGUGUCCCCACUGUGUCCCCCCACCCGUGGCACCGGGGGCUGUGGGACCGCGGGGCCGGGAGCAGGCGGGCAGCACCGGUCCCCACCGCGGGAACCUUCCUCUGAGUGCUGGGGCACACGGGUUGGGGGUUUUUUUGCCCAAACCCAGCAAAAGAGAAGUUGCCCAGGGAAGGCAGAGGCUGUUAAUGAAGUACAGUAAUUAACCAUUUCUGAUAUCAGUCGCUGUGGAGCUGCCCAGGGGCCACGCGUGCGCGGGGGCGGGCGGAUGGCUUUGGGGGUUGCAGGGUGCCCAGCGGGGCAGGGGGGUUCCCCCCGAACCCCGAGGGACGUUGGCUUGUGCUUGAUGCCCGAUAGUUUCAUGAAGAGGCAUUUUACCCAUGUCGUGUAGGGAGCGAUCAUUUUUAAUCAGCAGAUUGAAGAAAUACAAACUAUUAUCUUUAUAUGCCACUGCUUUCAAGGAGCCGGGAGAGAAGAUAAAAUCCGUAAAAAUUAGAAGUUGAAACCAAAACCCUAAAUUGCUGCGGGGUCGCUUUUUAUUUUUUCACAAUCUCCUUUCCUAAAUUUGAUUUCCCUUGUCUGAUCACAGCAAAUGUGGGAAGAUUGCCCACGGCUGGAACCCCCGUUCUCCCCCCGCCCCAUCUCGCCCCCCAGCCCGCGGAGCCGCGGGGCGCAGGUCGCUGGAGGAUGGUGAUGGAGGGGGUGUCAAUGCACGGUACCUUCAUUUGCCCUUGCUUAAUUGAAGCAAACGGAGCGUCCGGCUCGGGUCCAGCCCGCUGGCGGCGAGGCCCCGGUGCGCCUGAAGGCUGCAGACCCCACCGGGGGGGGUCGGGGGUUCCGCAGCCCCCUCUCGCCCCCAGAGAGGGACGGGGAUCCCCCCAUCAGCCCCAGGGAACGGCCCUGGCAGCACAGCUGGAACUUUCCAGAGGCACAAAGAGGCCUCGAGUGCAGAGAAGGAAGCACGAAAACGACUGCAAAUAUUCGGAAAUGGGAACACAGAAAAAUUAUUGACAGAGCGCCAUAUUAUGUCAUUGAUUUUUAAGCAAAACUCCCCAUCGAUUUUUCAGAACCACAUUGAACAUUUCAGAAUCAUUGAUUUUAAUGGGGAGUUCUGCCCCGAAAUCAAUGGCGCAAUACAGCCCAAAGUAAAUUGCUUCUUAGUAUCAAUAUUUUUUUGUCCGAGCGCUUGCAGUGUGGAAAACCGCCUUGAAAUGUGCAUCUCUUGGUUUCGCCGCCUUUUCUUAGACGCUCUUUGAAUUCUGCUUUUAGAGAGAGACCGGGGAGGGCGGCUGGUGGGCCCGGGGUGGGCUCUGCUCCCCCAGGCAGGGAGGGAAGGGCUCUUUCCCAAAUCCCUGUUUUCUGGCUGGUUUUCUGGCCCUGGCCUUAGGGGCACCGUGCAUCCCGGAGGGCAAGGUGGGGCGGGGAGGUCCCGGCUCAGGACAGUAAAUGGCCCCUGCCUUGCGGCUCACCUUGGCUAGACUCUUCCUUCCCUCCUUUUUGACCCCAAAUCUUCCUGCUUCUGCCUCCCUAAAGGAUCUCCAGAUGGUUCUGGGGCAAUAGUGACUUGUCGCCGCGUUACUGUGAAGAGGGGGUGUACAUAGGAGUGGAAACACGUCCGUUACCUUCUCUUCUUUUAUACAUCCGGGGUUCGUAUUUUCGUUGCUUGCAUCUUUUCCGUGAAUGGCAGCAAGGUACGUUAAAGCAAAGUCAUUUGGGCUACCCGUUUUAAUUGUGGAGUAUACCAAAAAGCAAGCGCUUGUGGAACAUAACUAACUGUGAACGGAGGUUGCAAAAAGGGAUCGUUUAGGAAAAAAAGCAGGUUUUCUGUAAAUGAAUGUGUCUUUAUUCCAAUGGCUAUAGAGCUCAAUGCCUGAUGGAGUUGUUUUCAAUAAAAAAAAAAAAAAGAUAAAUAUUAAAAAAAAAAAAAAGAAAAAAAAAAUGCCAUAAUUGUAAUAAAGGAUUCAUUAUUUAACAGCCAUACUACAAGCAUUAUUUAUUUAGAAAUGGCUGGUGUUCCCAAAGGGCCGGGGCACAGCCCCGGGCGAGGGCAGAGCCGCUGCCAGCGAAGCCGGGGUCCGGGGACCUCCGCGGCACGGCGCGCCUCGAGCCGGAGCAGCGCGCCGAUUCAGUCGGGAUCUCUCAGCAAUGUGACUCUUUGGUGUGAAUGUGCCUGCAGCAUUGACUCAUGUGCCAAAACACGAUAUUGAAUGCGUUGUUUUUAAAUAAAAUGUUUUAUUGUGCAUUGAAAGUC